AAAACGAUAUAAUCACUGGUCUGUAAGUGAAGAUCAGGUAUAUAGGCAUGGCAGUGCUGAGAGGGUUACCAUGCUGGUGGAACACAGUGGUGCGUUUGAUGUUGUUGUUGUUGGGUGCUCUCUGGGAAAUCGAGGGACUGGUGAAACUGCCACCGAAUACGACAGCUCCACCGGCAGUGAUAGCGUUUGGAGAUUCAAUACUUGACACUGGCAAUAACAACAACAUUAAAACUCUCGUCAAGGCCAAUUUCCCUCCUUAUGGUCAAGAUUUUCAGGGUGGUAUCCCCACCGGCCGCUUUUGCAACGGCAAGGUUCCGUCUGAUUUUUUAGUUGAACAACUAGGGAUUAAAGAGUAUUUGCCGGCAUAUUUGGAUCCAAACCUCAAGCCAAGUGAUCUUCCCACUGGUGUCUGCUUUGCCUCUGGCGCUUCAGGCUAUGAUCCUUUGACACCCAAAAUAGCGUCAGUGAUAGCGAUGUCGGAUCAAGUAGAGAUGUUCAAGGAAUACAUAGGGAAGCUGAGAGGAAUAGUGGGAGAGGAGAGAGCAAAGUACAUUGUGGCGAAGACUCUGUAUGCGGUGGUCGCAGGAAGCGACGACAUAGCCAACACAUAUUUUAUAGCUCGCGUCAGACAGCUCCAAUACGACAUUCCUUCUUACACUGAUCUUAUGGUUAACGGCGCCGUUAAUUUCUUGAAGGAAAUAUAUGAACUCGGGGCAAGGAGGAUCGCAGUGCUGAGUGCUCCGCCAAUCGGAUGCGUGCCAUCACAGAGAAAUCUGGCGGGUGGGUUAGUAAGACAGUGUGCCGAUAAAUACAACGAAGCAGCCAAGUUAUUUAACUCCAAAAUCUCCAACCAGAUCGAUUCCCUAAAUCGCCUUUUGCCUGACUCCAGAAUCGUUUUCGUUAAUGUCUACGUCUUCCUCGACAUCAUCCUCAACUACCAAAGAUACGGGUAUAAAGUGGUGGAUAAGGGGUGUUGUGGUACCGGAAGUAUUGAGGUUGCCGUGGUGUGCAACCAUUUGGCUCCCACGUGUUCCAACGCUUCCAAUUAUGUGUUUUGGGAUAGUUAUCAUCCUACUGAAAAUGUUUACAAAAUUCUGAUUGAUCAAGUUCUCCAAACAUAUCUCCCCCGUCUACUUGCUUGACCCUUUCAUCCCCUCACCUUGUUCUUUUCUCUUCCUUUUAAUUUCCCCACUCAUCCUAUAUUUUGAGUGGACCUUUGUUUGUCUCCUAUAUCUUCUCUAAUAUGUAUCCGUUCUCUCCUUCUUGUUUUAACUGAUUAAUAAAUCAGAGCAUUCAUCACUCUGAGAUUAAUAUAACAUAUGUAUGUAUGUAUGUA